UUUAAGUAGAUAAAAUAUUAAGUAUUAAUUAAAUUGAAAAUAAUAUGAAAAGAUAUAUGAUGCAAUUAUCUUACAUUGGAAGUCAAUAUAGAGGUUCACAAAAACAUAUAUAUAAUAAUAUGGUGGAUAGUGAUUCUAUUCAAGGUAAAAUAGAAAAUAUUUUAUUAAAAUCAGAACCAAAAUUUGAAAAUAAACCAAAAUUAGUAAUGGCUGGAAGAACAGAUGCUGGUGUACAUGCUUUAUGUACUACAGCACAUGUUGAUUUAGUAUUUCCAAAGUCUGAAACAUUUGUUAUUCCAAAAUAUAAUUUAAAAAUAGAACCAAUUGCAGAAUUACAAAGAAGUGCAAUUGUAUAUAAUCGUGAUACAAAAUUUGAUUUUAAUCAGAUGAAGAAAGGUGUAAAUUUAUUUGCAGGAUUUCAUAAAAUUUCAGAAGAGGAUAUAAUAAAUAUGUUACAAGUACCAUCUCAUAAAAAUUGGAAUCCACAUGUACAAUUAGCUCCUCCAUAUGGACUUUAUCUUUUGAAAGUAAAUUAUGAUAAUACUGAUAUUCAGGAUAUUUCUAUUUUAAAAUGA